AGUUUUGAAGCUAUUGGAAAGUAAAAUACACACCGCACUUCAAAAUCGUAGUGCACUGGGUAGGCUUUUAGCACCCGAUGUGGUUGUGUAUUUGGAGUUUCUCAUCGCCACUUCCAAGUUACCGUGGGAAAGUCACAAACUACAGUAUCCUAACUGUAGGAUAUAUCGUAGUAGGAUUUAUUUAACAACAGUUGAAGCCUGUUGCCUCCCGCUGUUGGACAAAACGGCAUUUUCAUUACAUUUUCAUUCGCUCUAGCUACAGUUUCAGUGGACUUGGAAGUUUAAAUCCUUUCGUGAAUUAAAAUCGAAAGAAAACCCACCUGGCCGUCUGGUAACUGGUUCAACAAACUGCAGCAGAAGGGGAAUGUGGUUUGUUGACGAUAGCCAAUCCUUCCGUUGGCUGUUCUCCAUUUGAAAAACAGUGAGAUGAUUUUAAUGACGUGGUCCAUCAUCCUUCGAGGGGAGACCAACUGCAAAACCAUCAACGUCUGAACAACUCUUGUGACUCCUCUUGUGACUCCUGGUGUCCAGUGGAGAGGAGGCUCCUCAAACCCCCGGAUAUUGAGUGAAGCGAGAGGACUUAAAAGGAGGCACAACAAAAUGGAUACCGUAGACACCAUCCAGAACUCUGCCUUGGAGACCAAGGCUGAGCGCAUCGCCCGCUACAAAGCCGAGAGGAGGAGAGAGCUGGCGGAGCGUUACGGAAACACUGAGGAAGUCAGCUCUAAAUACACCAGGAGGGAAAGGAAAGCUGGUGAGACUUCUGAGAAAGAGAAGCCGGAGGACAGAAGCUCCAAGUCCGAGCAGACGUUAUCUAGCCGGGCCACCAGGAGUAGGAUGGAAGACUGCGAAGAGUCUGUUGACAGCGAGUCCUCCCAGGAGACCGGGGGGGAUGAGGAGGCCCAACUGGAUACAGCUGCCCCCUCAAAGCCUGCUGCCACCAAGAGGCUUAACUCUAAUCACAGCAUGGACACGCUGCAUGUCGUGGCCCCUCCCCUUCACCCGCCAGUCAAGCCAGGGGCGGGGUCAACCGUGCGUCGCCGACCCCUCCGGUUGCUAAGGGGGGUGUCUGAAGGGAGCCGCAUGGCUAGCGGUCGUUUUCGGACGCAGCCGGUGACCGCCAGCGAUGUCACAGCGAGUCAAUGCCUUUUGGAAGCUGGGGACACCGAGGAGCCAGAAGUAACUGACAGGAAGACUGACGGAGCCAAGAUGAACGUGGCUGCCGACGUGUCUUUGAUUAAGGGGCUGGAGAAGACUGAAGAGUCGUCCCCCCUGACAACAGAGGGGAGUGGUCGCCAUGCCAACAACAACAGCCGAGCGCACACCCAGCCAAUCACAAGCAAGGAGAUGGUGGCGGCAGGCAGCCCUCCCAAGGAGGAAGAGUCUAAAGGCUCAGAGAUGCAGGAGGCUACAGACAAGCGCAGGUCGAAAGGGGAGCGCUCCCACACACAACCGGUCACUGAGUUUGAGGUGAAGAGGCUCUCGUCCUCCAGUUCCCCCCUACCCCUCUCCAACCAAACACCAUACCCCGGAAGCAAGGACGAAGAGGACAAGUCCCCUAUACCCUCCCAGCCUGUCUUGCUGCAGCGCCAAGACUCGGGCACCCGCAGCGGCAUCAAGGGCAUCCUCAAAAAGAGUCGUUCCACUAGUGUCGAGUCGGACUACAGUGAGGGAGGAACCCCUGAAAGCACCCCCACCACCGGGGUGGUCCGACAAACCAGCGUAACCCUGAGCCACCCCGAGAGCGACGAGGAAGAUGAGGAGAAAACAGAGGAUGUGGAGGAAGAGGAGGAUGAGGAAGAUGAGACGAUAGUGGACGAUAGCCCCGACGGAGGGCGUUUCAGUACCCCCCGGAUGCAGAGGGGCAGUGGGCGUGGUGGUAGCAGUAGUUCAGCGGAGGACCUCCAGAGCCGGACCCCCUCUCCAGACGAGAGCCUGGGGGAGGAAGAGAUGGAGAAGAUGUCGUCUUUGGACACGGAAGAUGGAGAGGAUCAGGAUGUGGAUAGCAGUCUGGACAGCAGUGUGGGGUCAUCCCUGAAAGAGAGGCUAGCUGAAUUGAGCAGUGGUGAGGAGGAGUGGAAGGCCAAGCUGAAGAAGCCCAAGGAUCUGGUGCAGAAGUCCCUGGCUGACCGUUUCAACCAGCUCCAGGACUCUGGAGAUGCCUGGAAGAAGAAGAAGUCCAGUGCGGACGUGGAGACCAAGAUGUCCCUGGCGGACAGGAUGAAGAUCCUACAGGAGAAGGAGGAGGCAUGGAAGAGCAGGGGGCGGGGUGCCGCCAACGACUCCACCCAGUUCACCGUGGCCGGGCGCAUGGCCAAGAGAGGUCUUGUGUCCGAGACUAGUAAAGAGGAGUCUCCCAUUUCCCACAUUAAGAAGUCCAGUGCCACGCCAGUCAAGCCACAUGAAGAAAUCUCCACUCCGACUGGUGUCAAGGUGGAAGGGGACAAGAGGCUGGACAAGCUAGAGUCCUUCCUGGACAAGCUCCACAGUAAAGGGCUGGGUCACAGCCGGACUUCCACCAUCGAGGUGACUGCCGAGACGGAGAAGGAGGUCAUGACCCUGGAUGAUGAGGAGACGUUUGGCCGCUUUUACAAGCCUGUGUCGCCCACCGUCCGAGGCGCUGUCGUUACUGCACUGACCGAGGAGGAAUUCAGCGACCUUCAAGCCGACACGCCAAAGUUGACGUCGGCAGUGACGGAGCACAAGCGUGCUGUGCGUCCUACUCGGAAUAACCAGGGCUCACGCAACCCCCUCCGUGCCCUGGCGGCCCGCAACGACAUCCGCCAGGUCUACACGGAACAGAGACUCAAUAUAGCUACCGUGGAAACCAAGAGGAUCCAAGUGGAGAGGAUGGCCAAGCAUUCCAACCUGGCAGACGCAGCUCUGGCCGGCCUGGCUAGCAAGGAGAACUUCCGCAAGGUCAACCUGCGCAGCACCAAGUCCACUGAGGUGGUGACCAACAACAGCACGCUGCCCUUCAACAAGCUCAUGCUCAUCCGCAUCAAAGGUCGGAGGCACGUGCAGGUGCGUCUGGUGGAGCCCGCUGCCCAUUCCCUGAACAGCGGCGACUGCUUCCUGCUCAUCACCCCCAAACACUGCUUCAUGUGGAGCGGAGAGUUCGCCAACGUCAUCGAGAAAGCCAAGGCCUCAGAGAUGGCAUCGUUCGUGCAGGCUAAGAGGGACCUUGGUUGUAAGGCCUCCCAGGUGACUGUGCUGGAGGAGGGCAUCAACACUGACAACAAAUGGGCUAAGGAGUUCUGGGACCUACUGGGGGGCAAGACCGACUACAGAGGUGCAGGGGAGCCGGAGGAGGAUGAGCUGUAUGAAAGUGGUGUGUUAGACUCUAAUGGGGUCUACGGGCUGCAGGAGGGCAAACUGGUGCCCCACAAAGAGGCCUGGGCCUCCAUCCCCAGUGUCACCCUGCUCAACUCUAAAGAGGUGUUAGUGUUUGACUUUGGCAGUGAGGUGUACGUUUGGACGGGGAAGGACGUCCCCCUUGGUGACAGAAAGGUGGCUGUCCAAUUAGGGAGGCAGCUGUGGAGCGGUUCUUACGACUACAGCAGCUGCAGGGUCAACCCCCUGGACGCCUGUUCAACCAAUACUGAUGUCCCUGAGCAGGGUGAGGGACGUCCCAGCUGGGCUCUGUUCGGCCGUCUGUCGGAGCACAACGAGACGGCUCUGUUCAGAGAGAAGUUCCUGGACUGGGCCGAGAGGAAAGAGGAGUCUGCCAUGGAUGAGGCCAAGAGCCCUGUGCACUCUACCCUCCGCUCGCCCCUUGAGGCGGCCAAGCCCGACGUCUUAAAACCGUGCGACGCCAAGGCCCUGCUGGACAAUGUGGGUGGCCCCGUACAUAGCCUCCUGGAGGGCGUAGACGUUCAGCGUGGCUACGGGAUGGUCCGAACGGAGGACGGACGCCAGGCGGAGCUCGCCACAGUGGCAGUGGACGCCUGGCAUAUCCGGGAGUUUGAGGAGGAGGAGCUGGUGGCGGCGAGCUUGGGCCAGCUGCACGAAGGAGACACCUACGUGAUCCGCUGGAAGUACUCGGUCACCACUGUGGUGGGUAAGAGGCAGAAGCCGGGGGAGCUGAGUAGUGGGGGUCCAGGUCGGGAGCGCAGCGCCUGUUUUUUCUGGCAGGGCCGUCACUCCAGCGUCAGUGGCAAGGGCACCUCCGCACUGAUGACCGUCGAGCUGGGGAACCACAGGGGGGCACAGGUGUUGGUGGCACAGGGCAAGGAGCCUCCAUGUUUCCUGCAGCUCUUCCAGGGAGGCCUGGUCAUCCAAAAGGGUAGCAGAGAAGAUGAUCGCGUCAACAACACAGGCGGCUGGCAUCUGUAUUGCGUGCGCGGGGAAGCCACGGUGGAGGCUUCCCUGGUUGAGGUGGAGUGUUGUUGUGCCAGCCUGCGUUCCCGAGCCACCCUGGUUCUGCUGGAUGCCCACCAGGGACAGCUCUACCUGUGGCACGGAUGUAAGUCCCACGCCAGCGCCAGGGAGGUGGGCGCCAGGGCUGUGGAAAGGCUCAAGCAGAGGCAUCCAUCUGAGCUGGGCCUGAACAGUAACAGCAGUCUGAAGGUGGAGGAGGUAGAGGAAGGCACGGAGCCAGUUGGGUUCAGGAAUGCUCUGGGACAGCAGGACAGGAAGGCAUACGACUGCAUGCUCCAAGAUCCAGGGAAAUACAACUUCACCCCACGACUGUUCUGUCUGAGCGCCAGCUCGGGAGUAUUUGAAGGGGAGGAACUGCUGAGCCCGGCCCGAGUGACUGGGGCCGUCAUGGCCAUGCCCUUCCUCCAGGAGAAUCUAUACUCUGUGCCACAGCCAGGCCUCUUCAUGCUAGAUAACCGUAUGGAGGUGUACCUGUGGCAGGGCCGGCAGCCCGACGACGGAGAGUGUACAGGCUCAGCCAAGAUCCGCUGGGAGAACCAGAAGAAGUGUGCCAUGGAGACGGUGCUGCAGUACUGCAAAGAGAAGAACUCUCGCCGGCCCCCUCAGGCCUACCUGGUCCUAGCGGGCUCUGAACCGCUGACCUUCACCAACAUCUUCCCCUACUGGGAGAGAGAUCCCAACAUCACCCCCCAGGCGGAGGGGGCACGCAACAAGGUGACCCUGGUGCAGGACGCCCUGAACUGGCUGAGUAAGAACCAAUACUCUGUGGAGGAGCUGACGGCCAAGCCUCUACCAGAAGGAGUGGACCCCCUCCGCCUGGAGAUCUACCUUUCAGACCAGGACUUCCAGAGGGUCUUGGAGAUGACUCGCACCGAAUUCAACGCCCUGCCAAACUGGAAACAGAAGAACCUGAAGAAAAGCAAGGGCCUUUUUUAAAAACGUUUUCCUUUUUUGUUGUUGUAAACAAACCAAAAAACAAGAGGACAUUUUAAAGUCCAUAUAUGGCACCUUUUUCAUACUGUUUUGUAUUCUGGGGGAAAUCAUGUUUUUUUUUCUCCAUGUAAACCGAAAGAACAAAACACAUGUACAGACUUGUAUCUGUUUUAAAACGAUAACCUCUUUUUAAAAAUGCCAAUUUUAUAGACCUUUCCUACAAAGCAAUAUAUUGUAGCCAAAUAUAUACAGUAUAUGCAAGUGUUACCUUUUGGCAGCGAGGUUAUUGUUAAUUAUAGUGAACUAUAUAUGCCCCUGAAUUAUAAAUAUGUAUUAUAAAUGUCUGUUCUUACAUGUG